AUGUUUGGUUUUGCAGCCCGAAGGACCCUGAAGCAGACGCCGAGCAUCAUCCGCCCUCGUACACUCACCAGCGCAAUGCAUAUCCAGUCUAUUCCCAUGUGGGUGGGCAGUAGCAACAACUACGCCUACCUGGUCAAGGACGACAAGACCAAGGAGGCCUUCAUCAUCGACCCCGCAAACCCCGAGGAAGUCGCGCCUGUGCUCAAGAAGGCCAUCGAGUCGAAGGACAUUGACCUGACGGCGAUUGUCAACACGCACCACCACUGGGACCACGCCGGCGGCAACAAGAAGCUGCUCGAAGAUCUCGACCUCGCCAAGCUCCCCAUCAUCGGCGGCGUCCAGUGCGAGGGCGUCACCAAGACGCCCGCCCACGGCACCUCCUUCCAGCUCGGCAGCAUCGUCGUCAAGGCCCUGCACACGCCGUGCCACACCCAGGACAGCAUCUGCUGGUUCCUGCAGGACGGCGACGACAAGGCCGUCUUUACCGGUGACACGCUCUUCCACGGCGGCUGCGGACGCUUCUUCGAGGGCAAUGCGACGGAGAUGCACAAGGCGCUGAACGAGACGCUCGCCUCGCUGCCUGACGACACGGUUGUCUACCCCGGACACGAGUACACCAAGGCCAACGUCAAGUUCUGCAUCUCGGUGCUGCCAAGCGAGGCAGUGCGCAAACUGGAAGCGUUUGCCGAGGCGAACAAGGAGACGCAGGGCAAGUUUACGAUUGGCGACGAGAAGCAACACAAUGUCUUUAUGCGCGUCGAGGACCCCGCGAUUCACAAGGCAACGGGUGAGAGCGAGCCGGUGGCUGUCAUGGCCAAGCUGCGCGAGAUGAAGAACAACUUCAAGGAACCGGCAUCGAAGAUUUGA